AUGGCAGCACCGUUCUCCAGCUACUUCAUCGAUCCCUUACCGAAGCGACCAGAUAUGAACUGCCACAUCUGCACCGUGUGCUCUCGCUCCCCAAAUUCGCGGCGGCCUUUCUACUGCUCCACAUGCGCUCGUAAUCAGCUCUAUCAAUUACGGGUGGAAAAUGCCCAGAUACUGUUGGAAAAGGAUAAUGUCAGACGCCAGGUCGAGGCUAUAGUUAUUAGCGGAAAUGAGCAUGGCGAAGAAGGGCGAGCGAGGAUUCCAGCCUCUGAUGUGCAGGAAAGCUCUCGCCGCUGGUCCAUCCAUGCCACGCAUAACAAGGAGUCUCAGUCGUCCGCGAGAAAGAAAGCGAUCACUGAGUGUAUUGAAUCUCUCAAGACUAGCAUCCGAGAGAAACGCAGCGACAUAGUCCGACGUAAAGCGGCUCUAGCCCAGCGACACUCGGAUGCCGAAUCUGCAAACUACCAGUUCGCGGAGCGCCGGACCGCGGUGUUGACCGGCAUUCAGAACAAUAUCAAGAGAACUGAACAUCUUUGGCAUGCCUUGCAUAAUAAGACAGCCGAGUCACGUAUAUUUCUCUGUCGUGAGGCUGCCAGUCUCUAUGGGUUGAGGCAAAACAUCAAGAAGAGAAACGGUGAGCUCAAGGAGAGCUAUACAAUAGGCGGGGUGACUAUAUUGGAUCUUCGUGAUAUGAAUGGUGCUUCGCCCACACAGCUAUCCACAGCCUUUUGUAACAUUGCCCAUCUACUUGUCCUAGUUUCUCACUAUCUCUCACUGAGACUUCCGGCUGAAAUCACACUUCCGCAUCGGAACUAUCCUGCAUCAACAAUAUUCCCACCCGCUGCUUCCUACCUCUCGCGAGAUGUGAGCUUCCCUGGAAUGUCUCCUUCGCAUUCGUCAUCCACUAGUCCUGCAGCAUCAAGGACAGUAGAUGCGCGUCCAAUGGCUCGACCUAGACCUCUCUAUACAGACAAAACACUUCCAAAACUCGUCAAGGAAGAUCCUGUGUUUUAUGCUCUUUUCUUGGAGGGUGCUUGUCUGUUGGCAUGGAAUAUCUCUUGGUUAUGUCGAACUCAGGGAAUCAACGUCGGAUCAGACUCAUGGGAGGAUGUCUGUAAUUUGGGAAAGAAUAUGUGGCACCUGCUAGUUGCACCAAGCGCCCAAGCCUCAACUGUUAUGAGAGUGCACUCUGGCCCAGACGUCCAGGCAAAACUCAAGUCCUUGAGACACUCCCCGAGGACUAGUAUUCAAAGGACGAAAUCGUUCCCCAUGCUUGGCCACUUUUCUCACGGAACGUCUCAUUCCUUUCUAGGUGCAGUAGAUGGCACAGAGUUCAUGCGAACGUGGAGACUACCGACGCCCCUAAAGGUUUAUGACAGACUUAAGUCGGUACUGUUGGGUGAGAUGGCAAGUGCGGAAUGGGAGCUUCUCGAGAAGGAGUGGGAUGAUACAGGAGAGGACCAAUCUCAGCCCACCUCCAGCCAGCCUCCCCUGAGUCAAAGCAAUACCGAGAGCAUACUCUCCGGUGCGACUGAGGUUAAAUCACGGAGUCCCGAUAAUACGACGGCAACGAGUGAGCGCAUUGGUACUCAGGUGGACCCCGAUCGAGCAAAGGGUACCAGCGGCUGGACAAAGACUACAAUACGUUGCGCUGUGCACAGAGCGAAUAUUCCGCAUCUCCUUCGGGGCCAUGGAUGUGGCGGAAAAGCGACACGGUUCUAUAUCACUGCAAAAAUGGACGCGGUUCACAUAGAAUCCAGCGCUGCGGCCGGAGACCUCGGGGCCCGACAGAGUAUCCAGUCUUUAGCGGAUUUUCCGAUUACCCUUCUGAGAGCAGAGCUCCAGCGCAGGACUGGAAACGAAGUGGUGACUAGAGGGAACGAUGAUGGAUCAACUUGUGGCACGAGCAAGCAGGGAUCGUACAAUACCUCGUUACAUGUGCUGGCGCUGGUCCUGAUUCUCGGGUUGAGUACGCUAGCGUGUUCAUUUCCCGUUAUCGCCCGUAGAUUCCCACGCCUCCCGAUCCCUCGUCGUUUCCUGUUCCUCUCGAGGCACUUCGGAACCGGGGUGUUGAUUGCUACAGCAUUUGUUCACUUGCUCCCAACCGCCUUCAUCUCUCUUACUGAUUCAUGUCUCCCCACCUUCUGGCAUAAGAGCUACCCUGCUAUGGCUGGCUUCGUGGCCAUGCUCUCAGUCUUUGUGGUCGUCACCGUGGAGAUGUUUUUCGCCAUGAAGGGCGCACGUCAUGUACAUGGAAGCGAGUAUGACAAUCUCACCCGCGAUGUGGACUAUCAAGAUGCAGAAGACGAGUAUGCACGACCUAUUAGUCAGGGCCACCGUUCUUCGCUACGACUUGAGAAUAUGCGAAAUCAUCGCCCUCAAGGAAGCGUCUCAAGAGAUAUGGACGGAUCGUCGGAAAGACUAGUACCCGCAGAUGGUCACGAACCUUAUGAUGAGACAGAUGGGGACAAGGAUAGCGAGGAUCUCGAUCUCGAGACUUUGGACCCGUAUAACGAUCAAAAUACUUUCGCCCAGGGGCGUGGUCAGGGCUUUGGACGCCGCAAUUCACGCACUCAACCAAGCAGUCACAACAACGGCUUGCACAGCUUUGGCGGCCAUCAUAAAUCCGAUAUCCAGCAUCAGAAUCCGCAAAAGCAACUUCUUCAAUGUCUUCUUCUCGAAGCUGGCAUCCUGUUCCAUAGCAUCUUUAUCGGAAUGGCUCUCAGUGUCGCGACGGGGACUUCAUUUAUUGUCCUUCUAGUAGCCAUAUCCUUUCACCAGACCUUUGAGGGAUUCGCUCUCGGCUCCCGCAUCGCCUCCCUUAUUCCUGACCUUUUCCCUCCAUCUUCGCCAAGGCCAUGGCUCAUGUGCCUUGCCUAUGGAACCACAACUCCCAUCGGACAGGCCAUCGGCCUGAUUCUCCACAAUAUGUACGACCCGACCAGCACAACUGGCCUGCUGAUGGUUGGUAUCACAAACGCCAUCAGCAGCGGGCUUCUUCUUUUUGCAGGCCUCGUGGAACUUCUAGCCGAGGACUUCCUCAGCGACUCAAGCUACGAAACACUUAGCGGCAAGCGCCGGGUCGAGGCUUGCGUGGCUGUUGGCUGCGGAGCAAUGCUGAUGGCCUUCGUUGGCGCUUGGGCAUGA